GUGAGCUCAAGGAGAGACGCUGCCGCCUGCUGCCGCCGCUACUACCACCACCACCACCUCCUCUAUCCUUUGGCUCCAUCCACGCUGCGAUACUCCUGCCCUGCGCUGCGCUUGAAUGGGAGAUGCUGACGCGGGGGAGACCUAUGCCGUGUUCCUCUUCCACGCUCAUUCUCCGUGGCACGCUGUAGUUACACCGUAAAAGUGUCCAUUACGCACGCUUCUUCUUCUUGUUCUUUCUGAGAUCAACAGACUUUUGCUGGGAUUUGCAAGCCUUCUCGUUGGAUCCCGGGAUGAUGUCUCGCUCUCAAGUCUCUACGCUCAUCCCUCUCUACUUGGUGCUCCUCGGGGUGCUGGUGGCCGGAGCGCAGACGGAGAUGAAGAGGGUGGUGGGGGACAAUGCCACCCUGCCUUGUCACCAUCAGUUCUGGGUGGGAGACGACCCCACACUGGACAUCGAGUGGCUACUGCUCAAGCCCAACAACAAGCACAGAGUGAUCAUCACGUACUUUGCGGGCCGGGUGUACGACCACAACGAUGACAACCGUGUGGCAUUUGCAGGGGAGUACCUAAAGGGCGACGCCUCCCUGCUCAUCAGCGACUUAUCCCUCAGCGACUCUGGGGAGUACAGCUGUAAAGUCAAGACCGGCGCACAGUACCACUGGAGCACCAUUAGCCUCAUAGUACUGGUGAAGCCGUCAAAGCCGCGCUGCUGGAUGGAGGGAAAGCUGUUGGAGGGGGGAGAUGUGAAGAUGAGCUGUAAGUCGUCUGACGGCUCAGACCCCAUUCACUACAAAUGGGAGAGGGUCCUGGACAAGGGCAAGUACGUUGGCAAGCUACCCCCCAUGGCUCUCAUAGAUUUGAAGAACCCAGAGAUCGUGACACUGAGAAACUUAACAAAGGAGAGUGCUGGAGUGUACAAGUGCACGGCCAGUAACGACGUGGGAGAGGAGAGCUGCACUGUGGAGGUCAAGAUGCACUAUGUGAGGGGAAUGGGCGUGGUAGCCGGUGCUGUUGUAGGCGUGUCCUUCGGUGUGCUCCUCAUUAUCCUCAUCAUCUGGCUGGUGUUCCGCAAGAAGGAGAUGAAGAAGUACGAGGAGGAGGAGACACCCAAUGAAAUCAGGGAGGACGCGGAGGCUCCCAAGGCCAAACUGGUGAAGCCCAACUCUCUAUCGUCGUCCCGCUCCGGCAGCUCUCGCUCGGGCACCUCCUCCACCCAGUCCAUGGUCCACAACAUGCCCCCGCGUCCCCAACGAGCCUGCGUGCCCGCCGUGGCCGCCCUCAAAGAGAACUGCCACCAAACCCCCGGCAGCUUCUCCCAGUCUCCCCCCGGGUACUCCCAGCAGGCCGGGUACUCCCAGACCCUCCCCAAGACCCCCGAGCCACGCCCCACCCCCUCUUCCUCCUCCACCACCACCACCUCCAAGCCCAGCCCACCGCCCAAACUCAGCCCCGCCAACCUGUCUCGCAUGGGGGCCACUCCGGUCAUGAUCCCAGCCCAGAGCAAGGCCUUCCAGACUGUGUAGACCGGUGCGCAUACUAUGGACCCUCUCCCCCCUUUGCUCAAGUCUCAGGACAUGGCAACCAGCUCUAUUCAUUAUAAACUUUGGGACAAUCUUCUUCACCAUUAAUCUAUUAUUAUUUUUUACCCUCCACAAAUUGACGAACUGUUGUCAAGAUGGCCGAUUGAAGGAUGUAUUGCUACGAAAGCAAAAUACGUACUGUGAUAUAAGGACUACGGAGGUGUGUGAAACUCU